ACAAAACCUCACAAAAACUUCGUUCUUUUCCCUCAUAUUUUAUCUAUUUUUUUUUUUUGCUUGCCUCCAUUUCGAUUCCUAUUUUUAAUUUUUCAAUUGUUCCCGAGAAAUGAAUAACUGUAUGAAUGGGAUUACGAUGAUUCCGAUAUCAUGUUUUCUUUGCCGAGAAGAAAUCUCACUAAGUUCUUAUUAAUCGAUUUACGGACACAUAGGGGUUUCACUUUUCUCUACGCAGAUUAAUUGAGAUGGAAGUCUCUGGGCAGAAUAUUGUGAAAUGUGAUGAAGAGAAAGCAUUGAAGUGCUUGCUUGAUGCCUUUGGCUCAGUUUUUUCUCUUGAAGAGAUUGCUUCUGCCUAUUGCAAGGCGAGCCGCAAUGCGGACUUGGCUGGGGAAAUGUUGUAUGAAAUGAAGGGAAGUUCCUCAGGAUCAUCUACAACCCUUGAUUCAUCUAAUGCAGAUGUUAUGACUGAAGGGUCUUCUGAGUCAUCAGAUGCAUAUUCCCUUGAGAAUUCUUUCCAAGAAAGGAAAACUUCAAGGCCCAAAGGUCGCCCGAUUUCAAUGGGUACUGUUUCUAGCGUUAUUGGGAAGGAUUAUGGUAGACCUGCCCGAUCAGCAAAUGGGUCUUUUGCUUCAGUAAAACCAACUAAGUUGGAUGCAAAAUCACUACCCAUGACUGGAAUCUGGCGUGAGAAGGGCAAGGCAGAUGUUUCCAUUUCGAAGCAUGAUCAGCUUCACCAGGACAUGGAAGAUUUCUUAUUUAAAAUGCUUGGAGAGGGCUUUCAGCUUGACAGAAAUAUGAUACGCCAAGUUCUUGAUACUUGUGGGUAUGAUAUACAGAAGAGCUUGAGGAAACUACUAGAUCGAUCAAAUAUGGCUUCAGGCAAAAGGACAGCUGUUGUUGGUGAUUCGGCUGGUAGAUUUACAGAUAUGAAACCAAAAUCUGAAGCACCUUCGACUCAAAGAAAGUCUCAGGAUUUAAAUUAUACCAGAGGUGAUGGAAACAUAGCUUCCACUAAAGAAGCGGAAUUUCAACAGAAACAAAAACACAACCUUCAGAAAGCAGUAUUGUCUACUUUGUUUAAUUAUCAAGGGCAUUCUGAGGAGGCUCCUAAAAGAACUGUGAAGGAUUUUAAUAAGAAAUCACGAUAUGGGCAUGUGGUUUUUGAACCUCCCAAAGACUUCCCAGAAGAAUUCGAUUUUGACAUGGACUUCUCACGACAAGAAAAUAUAGAUGAUCCAGAGGACGAGGAAGAAUACAAGAAUGUGCGUAGAGCUGUGAAGGAGUACCGAGGGACAAUGAAUGAAUAUUAUAAAGCAGCAGUUGAUUCAUUUGCAAAGGGGGAUCAAAUGAAAGCAGAAAAACUGUUAGAACAGGGGCAAUUUUUUCUAAGAAAGGCUCACGAUGCUGAUGAAGAAUCUAACAAAAUGAUUCUUGAAACCAGAAAUACUGAAGCACAAGAAAUGGUGCUUGACUUGCGUGACCAUGGUUCAAAAGAGGCUAUACGUCUACUAAAGUGUCAUCUUUCUUCGCUUUCUGGCAUUCCAUCAUUCGAGUACCUCAAGGUUAUCGUUGAUGCAAAUGAUAAAGAUAACACUAAAGGGUCUCGCAGACGACUACGGGUAUUCAAACUGUUAGAGCAGGAAUCUAUAACAUGGGUUGAAGGAGAAACUGCUGAUACAAUAUUGAUCCGCUUGGCUAGCAUAGAGCGUAAACGCUUGAGUUUUGUCAAAACAUAGAAUGCCCUUUGUAAUUGAUUAUGGUAAAACUUGGCAUUAGGGUUGUGAUUUGUGGAACUAUUGGUUGUUCGGCCAUAGUUUCAUCAAUUUUUUGUAACAUUUUAUGAAAGACUUAAAUAUGUUUUUGACCCCUGAUAUAUAUACUCGAAUUUUGCAUUUAGUUCCUAAUAAUUUUUUUCUUUA